AUGGCUUCAACUUCAAGAAAUGAGAAGAAGGUUAGUGGUGCUAACAACUAUAUACCAGAAAGUAUUGUUUUCCCUAUUCUGUCUAAACUUCCUGUUAAAUCUCUUAAGAGGUUUUCUUGUGUAAGCAAAUCUUGGACUCAUCUAUUUGAAAAUCCUGUUUUCAUCAACAUGUUCCGCAAGAAUCUUGUUUCCAAAUCCCAUUCACUUUACAACGAUGAUGAUGACGAUGUUUAUUUCGUUCUACACCAGUAUGUGCAUAGUUUUCGUUGGGAUUUUUAUGUUCUUUGUGGUGACAAAUUUGAGUAUAAACUCAAAAUGGAUUUGCCAUCUUCAUUUCAUAUUCGAGUUAUUCGUAUUUUAGGCUCUGCUAUGAAUGGCGUUUUUUGCAUCUACGACUGUGAUAAUCAUACGAUGGCUGCAUUAUGGAACCCUGCUACUGAGGAGGUUAAGGUCAUUCCUCCUGGUUCUGCCGAGUUUCAAGGUCAGUUUACUACUGAAAUUGUACUUCAUGGAUUUGGCUAUGACCAUGUUACCGAUGACUAUAAACUCAUUCAACAUGUGAGUUAUAUUACAUUUAAUGAAAGUUCGGAUGAUAUACAUGGCCUCUUUUGGGAGAUAUAUAGUCUGAAGAGUAAUUCUUGGAAGAAAUUCAAUUUCGAUAUACCAGUUCGUGAUUGGAUUACCGGUUCUGAUGUGUACUUAAAUGGAGAGUGUCAUUGGUGGGGGAAAGUAAACAAUGAAUCGUAUUUGGUGUCAUUUAAUUUGUGCAAAGAGGCGUUCUUAAUUACACCUUCCCCCAUAGAAAAUGUGCAGGAUGGUGAUGUUGAUCUAGUUGUGUUAUAUGGGCAUGUUGCUAUGAUAUCUAAUCGUAAUAAGACUUCUUUCCAAAUAUCAAUUUUGGGUGAAUUUGGUGUCAAGGAAUCAUGGAUUAAACUCUUCGAUGUUGAACCAUUGUUUGGCAUCGAGCAACCAAUCGGAACAGUGAUGAAAGGAAAGAUAUUCUUCCGAAAAAAAGAUGGUGAACUAGCUUAUAUUGAUUUAAUUACCGGGUUGAUUCAGGAGAUUGGUAUUGAAGGAGGAAAGUCUUGGUGUCAGAUGGUAAUUUACAAGAAAAACCUUCGUCGGUUUGGAGCGAUAAACAUGUAA